AUGAGUGGAUUCACAAAUUAUAAAAUAGAAACUAUAGAAUAAAGAGGAGAAGGAUUAACAUCAUAAAAAAGUUUAUAAAAAUAUGGAAACACAUUAAUAAGGUGAAUUAUAAAGAUAUAUUAUAGGAAUGAAGAGUAUCGAAUUAAAGUUAGUCCUCCAAUUACGGAAUAAACUAUUAUAAAUGAUUAAGCAUCUUUUCAGAAUAUUAUAGAAGCAAAAGAAAGAGGUAAAUAUAUUUUUAUGAUGAAGAAAUAAUAAAUCUUAGGGAAAGUAUAAAGUCGUUAAACAAUCAAAUAUAAGAUUAAUUGAAGGAGUUGGAAAUGUGGAAAAAUAAAUUUAGAUAAUUAUAAUCUGAUAAAGGUUAAAGUCGAAUAAAAACGAUUGGAUAUACAUCAAACGAUUUAGAAUUAUAAUAAUUAAGAGAGGAACUCAAUAAAUUAAGGCAGGAGAAUAACGAAUACAAACUUAAAAUAGAGAGAAAUGUAAGUGUAAUUUCAAAUGAUUUUGAAGUUAAUUAAUUGAAAUAAUAGAUCAAAUCUUUAGAAGAAUAACUUAGAUCUAAAUAAUCUUUAACUUAAUUUACAUCCUAGAGUAAUAAUUCUUACGAAAUCAAUUAAUUGAAGUAGUAAAUUAAAGUACUUACUUAAGAAAAUGAAGAUAUUAUAAAAGCUAAGAAUUUACUUAAUUAGUAAUUUCAGUAAUCUUAAAUUUAAUGGUAGUAGAGUAAUUUUAGAAAUACUUAAAAUUAAGAUACUGAUUAAUCUAAAGUAUAUUAAAAUGAGAGAGAUGAUUUAAAAAGAAAAGUUAAAGUUUAGGAAGAUCGAAUAGCAGAAUUAUAACAAGAAAUUCAAAGAUUAAAUUUUAAUUGCGAUUCUUACAUUUAAGAAAUAUAAUAAUCAUAAUUUAGAUUAAGUUCAAAAAAUUAAAAUGGUGAGAUUGAAGGAUAUUUAAAAAGGAUCUCUGCAUUAUAACAUGAAGUAUUAGUCUGGUAAGAUCGUUAUAAAGCCAUAUAAAUUUAAGAGUAAUCAUAUGCUUAGGAAUAAAAAGUAAUAUAAAAGGACAAUUAGAUUCUAUUUUUAUAAGAUAGAAUAAAAUAAUAUGAAAUUUAAAUAGAUUAAUUAAGAUUAGAGAUUGAUAAAUAGAGAAAAGAUUUUGAUGGAUAUAGAGUAGAUUAUGAAAGUAGAAGAAUAGAUUCAGGAGAAGUAGAGAGUUUGAAAAGAAAGAUAGCAGAAAUGGAAUCAGAUAUUUAGAUAUUAAUUGCUGAUCUAUAAGAAAGAGAUUAAAGGAUCAGUAUAACAUAAAAUUAAUAUGAAGAGGAAAUUAGAAUGAUAAAGAAUUAAAGUUAAGGAUAAUAUUAAUAUGAAAUUAAUAAAUUAAAAGAAGAAAGAGAAAAAUAUAGACUUGAUUAUGAAAGAUUAUCAAAUGAUUAUAUGAAUAUUUAAAGGUAAAGUGAAUAAUACAAGAGUAAUUCUUAUGAAGUAGAUUCUUUAAAGUAAAGAAUCAUUGAACUAGAAUAAUAACUUAGAAAUUCUACAAAUCAAUACUAAUCUCUUUAAAGUUAAUACUCUUAAAUGCAAAUUCAAUUUUAAAAUUCAUAAUAAUAAUAAUAAUCUUAAUUUUAAUUAAUUAGUAUUAGAGAAGACUAUUAAAAAUUGUAAUCUUAAUAUAAUUUGAUAUAAUAAGAAAAUAUACAAUUAAAAUAAUAGAAAUAAUAAAUUGAGAAUAAUUCCUAUUAAUAAAAGAAUAUUCAAAAUGAUUAUUAAGCAAUUUAAGAAAGAUAUAAUCAAUCAUUAAAUGAAAUUAAAUAAUUAAAUGAGUAAAUAAGGAAGUAUAGAAAUGAUUAUGAUUCACUAAAUCAAAACUAUAUUUAAUUUUAGAGAGAAAGUGAAAUCAAGUUUUCUUAAACAAAUACUAAAGAAAUUGAUAUAUUGAAAUCUCGAAUUUAAUAGUAUGAAUAAUAAAUUUAACAAUUAAGAAAUUAAUUAUCAAAUUAAGAAAAUUAAUUGGAAUAAUAAUUUAGAGAGAGAUUAAAACUUGAAAUGUAAUAGAUUGAGUAAAAAGUGAAUAGCUAAAGUUUAAUAGAAAUUUAGUAAUUAUAAAAUAAAUAUAAUUAAUUAAAAACUUAAUAUGAUUAAUUGCAAUAUAAAUAUAAGGAAUAAAAUAAUGAAAUAAUGAUUGUAAAAGAGAAGACAACUAGAGAAAGUUAAUUUGAAACUUAAAAUUUAAGGGAUUAAUUAUAAUCAUAAAAAUAAACCAAUAUAUAAUUGAAUUAAGAUAUUUCAAUCUUGAAAGAAUAAAUUCAAAAAUAUCGAAUAGAUAUUGAAUAGUCAAAUUAAAAGUAUGUUAUGAUUUAAAGGGAAAGUGAAAUGAAUAAAUAAAAUAUAGGAGAAAUUGAAAAGUUAAUGGCUAGGAUAAGAGAAUUAGAUUUUGAGUGUCAAUAAAAAAAUUAAAAAAUAAAUUAAUUUUAAAUGGAUUUGAGAAAUCAUGAAAUUCGAAUUAAAAAUGAAUUGGAAUAAUAGUUCAUUUCAAGAUUGAUGAUUGAGAGAUAAAAUUUAGAAAACAAUUUAUAGACAUAAAGUUCAGCUGAAACUCAAAAUCUAUAAUAUCAAUUGAAAUAAUUAUAAUAGGAAUUGAAUCAAUAUAAAUAAAGAUAUUAAUAAUUAGAACAAUAAUUUAAUUAAUCUAAAAUUGAAAUUACUUAAAUUAAAUCUCAAUAAUUUAAUGUGAAUUUAGAUUAAGUGAAAUAAUUGUAAUUUAGAAUAACCUAAUUAGAACAUGAAAAUUAAACUCUGACUGUUGAGAUUGAUAGAUAGAGAAAUAUUAGAUAAGAUUAAGAAAAUAAAAUUUAAGUAUUGAUUACUAAUAUCACUGAUUAUGAAUCAAAAUUACGUAUAUUACAAUAAGAAAAUUCUAGAUUAGAUUCUAAAACUAAAAAAUAAAUUAUAAUUGAAAAACCUAACGAUUAAUUUAUUAUUAAUUAAUAAUUUGGAUAAACAAAUUCUUAGUUGAAAACCAACAUAAUAACUACUACAAAUAAUGUUUAAAAUGUUUAAGGUAAUGGUAUAGUAACUAGAUAAUCUGGAAUUAAUUAAAUAAAUUAAGUUCCAUCUUCCUAGAAUUAAUAAUAUGAUUAGUAUAGAUUGCAAUCAUAGAAUGAAUUUAAGCAAUCUCAUUUUUCUUAGAGAAUGCAAAGUCCAUAACCUCAAGUUUCUAAUUAUCUUAGUCCAGACAAAAAGUAAAUAUUAUUAAUUAUACUUUAUUAGUUUCUAAACUUAGAAAAUAACAACUACAAAAAGUGUUAAAUAAGCAAUAAUGACAUCAACCAACUAAUGA